AAACAAUCUACAAAUCCCAAACGCACAAACACAUAUAGAAGAGAGAAAAAUAUUGUAAAAUGGGAAGAAGUGUGGAAGAAGAAAGAAAAGAUUUGAGUAAAUUAGAGGAAGAUGAAGAAGUUGAAGUAAUAGUGAUUCCAUGUCCUGCUCAAGGCCACAUAAACCCACUCCUCCAAUUUGCCAAGCAUCUUCUUGCCCAUCACCCAUCCCUCAAAAUAACCCUUCCACUCAUUUUAACAAACAACUCCUCCAACAAUAACCAUUCUACACUAACUCAAUAUCAAACACUCACUCCUUCACUCACUAUUCACCACAUUCCUCUUUUGCCUUAUCAAGGACUCGAUCACCCCGAGCCUCUACAUGCUUUUUGGGAGCGCCGCCAUGCCGCUAUUCGCUCCCAUUUGACUCAUCUUCUUACUUCUAACCCAAAUAUUGCUUGUGUUGUUUAUGAUGCCGUCAUGCCAGGGGUUCUUGACAUUCUCAAACAAUUUGGAAUUUCUAGUGCUGCGUUCUUCACUCAAUCUUGCGCUGUUAAUGCUAUAUAUUGUAAUGUUCAUAAAGGAUGGCUUAGUGUUCCUUUGAAACAAUGCUCCAUUUCUUUGGAUGGCCUCCCUCCUCUUUGCCCCUCUGACUUCCCCUCUUUCGUCUCCAAUCGUGUCAAGUAUCCUCAUAUGCUUAGUUUCUUAUCCGAUCAAUUUGAACGUUUGGAUGAAGUUGAUUGGAUUUUCACCAACACUUUCGAUAGCUUGGAACCAGAGGAGGUGAAGUGGAUGAAAGGGGAGUUUGCAAUAAUGAAGAACAUUGGACCAAUGGUUCCUUCAAUGUACUUAGAUGGACGUCUAGAAAACGACAAAGAUUAUGGGGUUAGCUUGUUUGAACCAAACAAAAAUAAAGAUUUGACAAUGAAAUGGCUUGAUUCUAAGCACAACAAAUCUGUAAUUUACGUCUCAUUUGGAAGUGCCACUGAAUUGGAGAAGGAGCAAAUGGAAGAAUUAGCAUGUGCCCUUAAACUAACCAACAAAUACUUCUUAUGGGUUGUUAGAGAAUCCGAGAUCCAUAAGCUUCCUCACAAUUUUGUUGAGGAUCAUGAGGACACAGCAGGUGAUCAGAAAGGGUUGGUCGUAAACUGGUGCUCUCAGCUCCAAGUUUUGGCUCAUAAAUCCAUUGGAUGUUUCGUUACGCACUGUGGGUGGAACUCGACCCUCGAAGCGUUGAGUUUGGGAGUGCCGUUGGUGACGAUGGCGCAGUGGUCGGACCAGCCAACGAAUGCUAAGUAUGUGGAGGAUGUGUGGAAGAUUGGGAAGAGGGUGAGAUUAAUGGAGGAAGAUAAUGGAAUCUGUAGAAGAGAAGAGAUAGAGUUAUGUGUGAAUGAAGUUAUGGAUGAAGAAGGAGAAGUUGGUGAAGAAAUUAGAAAGAACUUGAGGAAGUGGAGGGAAUUGGCAAAAGAAGCUAUGGAUGAUGGGGGAACCUCUCAUGCAAACAUUAUGCACUUUGUACAACAACUUUUGAACAAAACUAAUUAAUUUCCAUCAUUUCUGUGAAAGUGUGUUAUGUAUCAGAUUUAGUAACACUAAUUUUGUUAUUAUUUAUGUUAAGCUUUUAUUUGCAUUAUUCUGUUUCUAAUAUGGGUUAUUAUAAAAACUCAUAUCUUGUAAUAUUAUAAAUGCAAUAUAUUAUAAGUUGAUUGAUUACCUUUA